UAAGAUCCACUCCGGACACAUCCACAGCCGCCGCUACCAGUAAGCGUAACGUUCACAAAAGCAGAAGAUCCCCUCUUUUUAUGUUUACAAACGUGUUUACUUUUUCUGAUUUUUUUUUUUUAAAAAAAUUUUUCUCCCAUGAAAGCUCUGGUCUCUGCCCUAUCCACGCCUCAAAAACUGCACAUUAUAGCGGUACCCCCUCUCCGUCCACAAUCUCCUCAGUUUUCCAUAAUAAUCUUCAUUCCAUGUCUGUCCAUUUUCUCGGAUCAUUACUACUGUCUCAUUCUUCCUUAGCAAACCCACUGAAAAAUUUCGUCGAUUCCUACAAAAAACAAGACAAGAAGAGGUCUGUUGAUAUUCACAAUUCAAGAACACAAGUUCUUGAAUGUAAUAACAAUAAUGCCAAAUUCUGCAGACCCGAUUACUCUGACCAGUUUUCCUGCGUACCCAUCUCAAAGAUUCAAACACAACCUGUCCCUGUACACAAAGAUGGAGAAGACGAAGAAGAUGAGGAUCUGUGGCUGACAAUGAAAGCCGAAGCUCGAUCAAACGUUGAUCAAGAGCCCAUUUUGUCAAACUAUUAUUUCAGCGCAAUCUUGUCUCAUGAUGUUAUCGAGAGCGCUCUAGCUGAUCAUCUUUCCGUGAAGCUUAGCGAUUCAAGUCUCCCUAGUGGAACCCUAUACGAUCUUUUCAUGAGUGUGCUUACAGAUGAUUCAGAGAUUGUUACAGCCGUUAAAGAUGAUUUGAGGGCUGUAAAGGAAAGGGACCCCGCUUGUAUCAGUUAUGUGCAAUGUUUCUUGAAUUUCAAGGGUUUUCUUGGGUGUCAGGCUCACAGAAUAGCACACAAGUUAUGGUCACAAGAUAGAAAGGUCGUAGCACUUGUGAUACAAAACAGGGUGUCGGAGGUGUGUGCAUUGGAUAUACACCCCGGAGCUAAGAUUGGGCGGGGGAUAUUGCUUGAUCAUGCCACCGGAGUAGUAAUCGGUGAGACUGCUGUAAUUGGGAACAACGUUUCAAUUUUGCAUAACGUCACGUUGGGUGGAACUGGGAAGAUUAGUGGUGAUAGGCAUCCUAAAAUUGGAGAUGGGGUUUUGAUUGGGGCAGGAACUUGUGUUUUGGGUAAUGUUAGAAUUGGAGAUGGGGCAAAGAUAGGGGCAGGAUCGGUGGUGUUAAGGGAUGUACCUGCUAGAACUACGGCUGUUGGGAAUCCUGCAAAACUCAUUGGAGGGAAACAAAAUCCAGUUAAGCUUGAUAAGAUUCCCGGUCUUACAAUGGAUCAUACUUCAGAUAUAAGUGAGUGGUCUGAUUAUGUUAUUUAAAGUUUUUACUUUUAAACAAACAGGAGGUGGGAUUAUAUUCUAGGCUUCAGGGAUAUCUGUUCUUGACUUUUUUGUUUGUUUGGAGAUAUUGUAUAUCUCUGAGAGUUGUUUAAAGGAUUUAAUCUAUGAUUAAUAAAAAUAGACUUUGAGGUUUUGAAAA